GAGGGGACUCCCCAAAGCCUCGCAGCGCGGCCCUAAGAAGGAGGAGCGCACCUUUGAGGAACAUGUCCUUUCGAAUGAGGCAACUCACGCGGUUUCCAACACUCUCCUUAAUUCUCAUCACUGGAUUUGGAGUUGCAGGUGGUCUUUAUAUCCUGGCCAGGAAGACCUUCUUUGUUCCUGAAGUGAGCUGGGAGAAAAACCAAGAAUCGUGGAAUAAUCUGGGUCCCAGUGACCAGUACAAGUUAUUUGCCAUGUCUGUGGACUCCAAAGACCUGGAGAAGGAUCGUCCAGACUGCUGAAAGUGCCACACUGUGUCAGUUCCCUACUCCUGCCAUGUUGAAGGAAAGUUGCUGGACUUGUCAUUGGCACAGACACAUCUUCUGCCGUCUUGUCAGGCAGAACAUGUCAGCCUUUCAAGAGUUCUCAACGAAGCUUCUGCCUCAGCCAAGAUAACUUUGCAGCUGUUCUCCUCUGCCUCUGCAGUUUGCUGGUGGCGACCGCAAAGAUCACCAAUCAACAUCUACUGCCCAUCCAACAGAAUCAAAAGUGCGCAGUGACCCAUUCUACCACUGGGAAAUGCCCCUAAAUAUUGAGCUGACAAACAACUUGUUUAUUUAAAAAAAAAAUCAGGAGGGUGGGGGGAAGAGAGGGAGAGACAAAGUGACACAAAGCACGUUCUUUUUGGUCCCAUUUGUGCAAACUUCUUGGUUCAGUAUUUUCCUUCCCUUCCUACAAAAAUCCUUGACCUUGAUGUGUGGCAUUUCCUGCCUCCCACGCUCAGUUUUACCAUUCCCACAGAGACAGGACAGUCCCAGCACCUAGAUCAGUGAUGGAGAACCUUUUCGGCUUGGUGUGUCCAAAAUUUGAAAAAUGCUUAAUUUGACUCACUACCCUCCCCUUCAAGCAAAAGAGAAACAAUUCUUUACAUAUUCAUUUUGUUUUUAAUAUAUAUAUAUAUAUAUACAGUCCAAUCAUGUGUGUUUCCCAGAAUCUGCUGCACACUUACCCUCAGGUAGUGUUCUCUUUCUGUUGACAGGCCCUGCAGCAGUUCUGGGUCACCCGAGGCCUUCAUUCUUGAAGCGGCUUGGGAGAAGGCUCUUCCACGGCCUCUGCAGCCUCCGAAAACCACAAAAGCAUCUCCCAUUCUUGUAUGGUUUUCAGAAGUUCUGGAGGCUUCAGAAGUUGGCAGCCCUCUCACAUGACUUCUGGAGGGUCCGGAGGCCACAUGAGGACACACCCCAUUCUCACACAGCCUCCAAAACUUGUGCAAGAACAGGGUGUGCUUUCAAGAAUAUUGUCGGACGUUGGUGAAUGUCAGUGUGUCACCCAAAAUGUGGUGUGUCACUCUUGACAUUGUGUCAUAGGUUCGCCAUCGUUGACCUAGAUAUUGGAAUUAAUAAUGCCAGUUAAAUUCUUUUAGAGGAUGUCGUCCUUGUUGAGGCUCUUUUAAAAUAAAAACAAAUAAUUAGCAUCAAGGAACUCCAUCCCUAACUUUCUAUACUAUUUUACUUAGGGUUCUAAGCUCUCUGGAUUCUUUAGCUUCCUCCACUUUGAGGUCUAGGAUCAUAAGCAUAGCUCGGUGGCCCCAAAACAAAUCUUUCAGAUACACUCCAAAAUUUCAACUUUAACCUUCAAUUAAAGCACCAGCAGUAUCUACAUUGGGGCUUGAGGAUUUAACCUGCAAUUUGGGGAAACAGCAGCAGCAAUGAAACAACAGCAGGCACUGUUUGGGGCACAAUAAUGCCAGCAUGUUGCAUCAGUAGGAAAGCUGUCAGAUCUGGACUGCAAAAAUCAGCAGCAAAGAGUAUUCUGUCUCACUCUUACUGAUGACUGCGGUCUUUUUAAUCUGAAAGAAAGAAGAAGAAGGUGGCAUGGAUAAUACCACCCAUCUGACAGUUGCAGGGAAAGGUUGCCCCACUUAUCCAUAGCCUUCUUCACCUGUGGCUCUGCUUCUAUAUGUUGGAACUCUCUAGGUCAAUAUCUUACGUUCCUCUGUGGCAUGCUUUUUAAAGACUGAAGGGCUGGCUGGAAGCCUCCCUGUCUGUUGGAGCCCAUGGUAGCUAUCAUCUGUUCUUUCACUGACUUUAGGCCGUAAUCAAGAUGCAUUCAGGCAUCCUGCAGUUAUUUGGUGGCACUUUGCUUUUCCCAAAGUUAAGCAGGGUUAAACUGGAUUUGUACUUGGAUAGGAGACCAUCAGGAAAUCUUUCUAAGAAGACAAAAUAUCUUGAAAGCAGAUACUGGCCAAGAAAAUCUGUGAAGCUGCUAUGAGUUGAGCUCCACUGAAGGAGUCUUUACCUUUCUCCUACCCUGUCAGCCCUCAGUUCAACUCUUUCACAGAUUUCCCUUAAUUUUAUACUAUUACAGGACAUGAAGUGAUUAGGGAUUACAGUACAGCAAGGUAAAACUGCAGUUGGUUUCAUCCUCUGCUUCACCUAAGCUUUACAUGCCUUCUGUCGUACCUCAUACCAAGAUAAUUUCCUCCCAGAGAAAAAGAAAUGAUACCUCUGCUCCUACA